UUGGAGGCUUUGCGAGGUGGUUUUUCGGUCUGGCGCCGCCUCCCCCCGGGGCCGGCGUGCGCUCCCAGCAGCCCGUGGUGCCCUGCGCCCCCCCCUCCCCAUCACUACACACCCGAGCCCAUGCCCAAGGAGGAGGCGCGGUGCGUCCGCCAGGAGCCAUGUGCCUCCCUCACACCAACAACAUGGACAGCAAGCUACAGGGGGCGGGCACAGGGGGAGGGGCUUCACUUCAACCACGAGGAGGAGGCGGAGUUCCUCUGGAGCCUUUCAUACACCAGGUGGGCGGUCACACCAGUAUGAUGCGUUAUGAUGACCACACGGUGUGUAAGCCUCUGAUCAGCAGAGAGCAGCGCUUCUACGAGUCCCUGCCUCCUGAGAUGAAAGAGUUCACCCCGGAGUAUAAAGGUGUGGUGCUGGUGUGUUUUGAAGGCGACUCUGACGGUUACAUCAACCUGGUGGCCUACCCGUACGUGGAGAGCAACAUGGAGGGGGGAGGCGGUGAGCACGAGGAGCGCGACCCCCCAGAGAGGGAGCAGCCGAGGAGGAAACACUCGCGCCGCAGCCUCCAUCGCUCCUCAUCCACCUCUGAACACAAGGAGGAGCGUCCCGAUCGGAGGGAGGCGCACGACUCCGACACCUCGGAUAACCUCGCCGAGCUGAAGAGCCCGAGGCUCGACCCAAAGGUCCACUCGGACGUUCCCUUCCAGAUGCUGGACUGGAACAGCGGCUUGACGUCAGAGAAGAUCAGCCACAAUCCCUGGAGCCUUCGCUGCCACAAGCAGCAGCUCAGCCGCAUGAGGUCUGAGUCCAAGGACAGAAAACUCUUCAAGUUCCUGUUGCUGGAGAACGUGGUGCACCACUUCUCCUACCCCUGCAUCCUGGACCUGAAGAUGGGCACCCGGCAGCACGGAGACGACGCCUCCGAGGAGAAGGCGGCCAGGCAGAUAAGGAAAUGUGAACAGAGCACCUCAGCGACUCUGGGAGUCAGAGUGUGCGGCAUGCAGGUGUACCAGCUGAACACCGGUCACUACCUGUGCAGGAACAAGUACUACGGCCGCGGCCUGUCGAUUGAAGGCUUCCGGCAGGCCCUCUAUCAGUACCUGCACAACGGAAAGGGCCUGAGGCAGGACCUCUUUGAGCCAAUCCUGAAUAAGCUUCGCAGCCUGAAGGCGGUGCUGGAGAGGCAGGCGUCUUAUCGCUUCUACUCGUCCUCGCUGCUCAUCAUCUAUGAGGGAAAGGAACCCGAGGGCUCCUCAGCUUGGCAACCGAAGAACCCCGCGGCACCUGCAGACCCCCACUGUGGCCCCGGCCCCGCCCACCCACCGCCGGCCCCCGAUGCUCCCUGCGAAACGGACAUGAGCCAGAAGCCAGACCUGGGAUCCCUGCCCGCUCAGGGAUCUGGACUGACGGCUCCGGCCUCCCCUCCCCCCUCCCCUCGUCCUCCCACACAAGCCCCGCCCCCUAAGUCAGACUGUCACUCCUUCCUUCCCCGCCCCCCUUCGCCACAUCCUCAUCCAGACUCCGCCUCCCAGACUGCCAGUUUAGGUUCCUUCCCCCAUGCUCCCGCCCCUCUGCCUCAGCAGCCCCCUCUGGUGGACGUUCGCAUGAUCGACUUCGCCCACUCCACCUUCAAGGGUUUCCGUGGUGACACAGCCGUGCACGACGGGCCAGACCGGGGGUACGUGUUCGGACUGGAGAGCCUGGUCCAGAUCCUGGAAAGCCUGCGGGAUGACAGCCUGUAGCUCCUACAGGCCCUUAUCUGUCUUUGUGAAGGUUUGUCUCAGCGUGGACCAGCCUCACACCCAAAGUAUAACUAUUCCUCACAAAGAUGGACACACACACACACGCACGCACACACACACACACACACACAGCUGGUUGUGAGGUAGUUCAGGUGAUGCUGUCAGUCCAGGUUAUCCAGCAAUGGUUCCAACAGCGGCUGUAAAUGUGGAACACGGUGCUCCAGGACAUCACGGCUGCAGGGAGGCGGAACAGCAGAGCCGGAAUGGCUGCCUAACCAGGAUGACGUGGAGAACCAACACACACACACACAGCUUGUACUUCUAUUCUUGUGAGGACCUUUGACAUGAUGCAUUCCCUAAACUUGACCACAGCUAAAUGACAACCUUGUAGUCGUUAUGCUCAUCUGUGAAGUAACGUUUCCUCCUCUGGGCGCCAUUACAGCCAUCGUGAAAUUACAGGAUGUGGCGCAGCACCUCCUGGGCUUUCUCCCGAUGGCUUUAAAUACUUGUUAGACAUUAGCGUGUUUCUGUCGGUCCUGUCAGCAGAAACACGUCUGUCACCUCAGUCACUCAGCAGUCUAAAAAUAAGUAAAAAGAAGGAAGAAGGUGGAUGAGAUCCACUCGAAAAGACAGGAACGUCUUUCUGGGAAAGAUUCCAUUUACAGAAGCUGAACAGAGCUUUGCUUAUGUUACUGUCACUUUGCAGAAUGAAGAGUGUGCAGAGCUGGAAGAGGAUCGUUUCUUUGUGCUCGCCUAAAUUCUGGGGAAGUGUAAGUGAGCAGAGUGGAAACCGGUCAAACUAGAGCGGGGUGUCAGGCUCAUCGUAGUUCCUCCUACGACCCAGUUUAUUUACUGAGCCGCACAUUUACAGCGUUA